CACAUUUUGAUAAUAAAGAUGGCAGCCCCCAUAGAUGACUUUGAACCGCGUGUUGUUCUGCCAGGUGAUUUGUUGACAGGAUAUAUUUCUGGAGAGCUUCAUAAUCAAAUUAUUCUUGGACCAGGGCUAAGGCAAGAUGAAGCCAACAUAUUCUCAACAAAAGCAGGGAUUCUAAGACGAAAGAAACCACAUACUUUCUGGAUAGAUUGCCACCAAAAGAGGUAUGUACCAGCUAAAGGAGACAAGGUUCUAGGAGUAGUGACCCAGAGGGCAGGUGAUAUCUUCAGAGUGGACAUCGGGGGCCAAUCCAAUGCUACUCUAUCAUAUCUCGCAUUUGAAGGAGCAACAAAGAGAAAUAGACCAAAUGUUCAGGUUGGAGAUGUUCUGUAUGCCAAACUCCUGGUUGCUAAUCGGGACAUGGAACCAGAACUGGUAUGCAUCGACAGCACCGGUAGAUCACAGGGGUUAGGUGUGGUAGGAGCCGACGGCUUCAUGUUCCAAUGCAGCCUGGGACUUGUCAGAAGGCUCUUGUCUAAAGACUGUCCAAUUAUGAAAUUACUCAAUGAGAACAUUCCAUAUGAGAUUGCUUUGGGUAUGAACGGUAGGAUAUGGGUCCGAGCCAAAUCAAUAAGGACAACGAUAGCUGUGGUCAAUGCCCUCGCAAACUGUGAGUUUAUGACAGACAAGGAAAUACAUAUAAUGAUGCGUAGACUAGUGAAUGGACUUGCUGGAUUUUAAAUCAAAGAAUACAAUGAUGGCCAUGGAGAAUGCCUGAGUCGCCAACUUUGAGUUCAUGACAGACGAGGAAAUAAAGACAAUGUUGCGUAGACUUGUGAAUGGGCUUGCUGGAUUUAAAGUUCAAUUUCAGUUUUGUAAGGAGUGGUUAAAGUCCAGUUAGAUGUAACAAUGUUUUGAGGAUAGCUCAGCGAGUUCCUUAGGAGAGUGUGAACUGUAUGUUAUGUUUUAAAAGGUAAAUCUACAAGUAUGAAAUGUCACUUAGUAUUGAUAUGGAAUAUAUCACUUGUGACUACAUUAAGGACCUACACGUACCCAAUACCAAGUGGAAUUCCUUGCAUAGAGUUGCUUGUUUGCAAAAAAAUCCCUUGAUGAGGACGGAAUACUUCCUUUUUAGUUAUGAUUUGAAAAAUUAUGCUGAGAACUGCACAGACUUUAAAUAUGAAAGGAAUGUUUUUCUAUUUUAUGUAUACUUGACCAUCUCUGAAGACCUAAUUUGAAAAAUUCAAGAAUCAACUUUAGAAAUACAUUAGCCUUUUGUGUGUUUGAUCUACAGAAAAAAAACUGAUCCUUGUGUCAAUUUGUGCAUUUUGAUAUCAGACUCUUGCCUACUUGUACUGGGAUUGGUAAACCUAUGUGCAAAGUAUAUACAGCAUGAUAUAUACACUUGGCAAAAAAAGUUCUUGGACACUUAUAAAAGUUAAAAUAUUCCAUAUAGAUAUUUGAUUAAAGGUAAAUUAUUGUAUGUCAACAUGACCAGACAAUAUUCCUCUUCCAGUAUGACAUGACAUUUUCAUGUGAACAGUCAUGCAUGGGUGGUUAAACGCUUUAAACAAUAGCAAUGUCAGUAAAAGAAAAUUGCAAGAAAACGAUCAGUCAUUCUUUCAGUUGUGAAAGUUUGUGUGGCAUUAAUAUCCAUUAAACGAUAAAAGCAAACUUAAAGUCAAAUACCACUCUAAAAGUGAAGAGAAUGCUACAUGUAUCCACCUUGGAUGCAUCACUAUUCAACUGGAAUUUUAAGUCAAAGUUAGUCGAUGAAAAAAAUGUCAAAUUUCAGUAUCUUGGCAAAAGCAAAAGAAAAGUAUCCUUAUCCUCCUAUCUUCUGCAGGGGUGGUGGCCCUAGGUCGACCACUCCUAGGGCGGUCUGUAACUUCAUCAGUAGCCAAAUACCGCUGGUUCAAAUUUAAAAUUGGUGAAACCUGGAAAUAUCGAGCCACUUGUCUAAAUGACUGCCCAGACUGCAACAUUCCUAUUGCUCUUGCACGCUCUUGGUUGGAAAGCUUCAUCUUGAAAGUGAAUGUCCAAAUGAGCCAUCUCAUUAUGCAUCUCAUGAUGCAUCCCUAAGCAUUUAAUUGAAAUGAUAACUACCUGUUGAAAUUGUUGAAUGUAUGCCUACAGGAUGGCCAUGAUCAUUAGCAUUUGAAUGGUCCAUUUCUUGCAAUUUUCUUUUACUGACAUUGCUAUUGUUUAAAGCAUUUAACCACCCAUGCAUGACUGUUCACAUGAAAAUGUCAUGUCAUACUGGAAGAGGAAUAUUGUCUGGUCAUGUUGACAUACAAUAAUUUGCCUUUAAUCAAAUAUCUAUAUGGAAUAUUUUAACUUUUAUUAGUGUCCAAGAACUUUUUUUGCCAAGUGUAUAUAUGGGAAUCACAGUUCAGUACACUAUGGGUUAAGAAUCUUUAAAGCUAUGGUCACAAAAGUUUGUACGAACAAUUCUAUCAUACGAAUCUGACCAUUCAUACAAAUUCUAGGUGUUUAUAGAGAUUUGUAGAUGGAGCAUAGAUUCUUAUGGCCUUUUAUAGAACAGCUCAAGAACUUCUUUAGAAACAAAAUGAUUAUCGGUUAGACAAUAGCACUAGGAUUUGAAAACCUGCACAGUAUUUUGUCAGACUUACAUGUAUGGCCAUCUUACAAUUUCUGUUGACAUAACAUGGUUGCAUGUGUAACUCGCGGCACUCAUAAGAAGAAUAAAUCAUUUGUAAGAUUUUACUUUUCAUUUUUUUACUUGUCAAGUGAUCAAAUCAACCCAUCUUUUUUUGUGAUCAUGGGUACUUCCAAGUUGCUAAGAUUUUGUUUAAUUUGUAUUGAAUACAUAACUGUGUAAAUAAAACAGACCAUUAUUUUAACUGAAA